UAAUACUGUAUGGCUACGGUGUGAACCAGGGUUAAGCGCGUUUAGUUGCUUCUUCGAGUCGGAUUAGUCGAAUCUGUCCCAUCUAAAUAAAUUUUGAAGAUACAUCAACAAUGAAUAUAGAAGUAGUUUCCACAACUUCAUUUGAUGAUCAAAAACCAGGAACCUCUGGUCUUCGUAAACCAGUUUCAAUAUUUAAACAGCCUCAUUACACUGAAAACUUUAUUCAGGCUACUUUUAAUGCUAUUGGUGAUAACCUUAGUGGAAAAACACUUGUGGUUGGUGGUGAUGGUCGCCAUUUUAUGAAGGAUGCGAUUAACAUCAUUAUUCAAAUGGCAGCUGCAAAUAAGGUUCAAAAACUUAUUAUUGGUACUAAUGGCAUCUUAUCAACACCAGCUGUAUCAUGUAUAAUACGAAAAACAAAAGCUAUUGGUGGAAUCAUCUUAACUGCUAGCCACAAUCCUGGGGGUAAAGAUGGAGAUUUUGGUAUCAAGUAUAAUAUAUCAAAUGGAGGGCCAGCACCAGAAUCUGUUACUAAUGAGAUAUACAAAUAUACUCUAUCUAUCAACUCCUACAAAAUAUGUUAUGACCUAAAAGAUGUUCAGAUUGAUAAAGUCAAUGAAUUUCAAUUUGAUAUUGAUGAUCAUAAGUUUAUAGUUGAAGUAAUAGAUUCAGUUGAAGACUAUGUUGCUAUGGUAAAAUCUAUAUUUGAUUUUGAUCGCUUAAAAGAUUUAUUAUCAUCUGGUGAAUUUAAAGUGAUUGCAAAUGGAAUGAAUGGAGUUACUGGUCCAUACCUAAAGCAAAUAUUGUGUAAAGAGCUUAACCUUCCUGAAAGUUCUAUAAUUAACUCAGUUCCUAAAGAAGACUUUGGAGGUCUUCACCCUGAUCCUAACAUGACAUAUGCUGCAGACUUUGUUUCUUUAAUGAAAGAAGGUAACUAUAUGUUUGGUGGUGCCUUUGAUGGAGAUGGGGAUCGCAACAUGUUACUUGGCCAAUAUGGUUUUUUUGUGAAUCCAUCAGACUCUGUUGCUGUUAUUGCUGCAAAUGCUUCCUGCAUUCCUUUUUUUAAAGAGGGAUUAAAAGGUUUAGCUCGUAGUAUGCCUACAAGUGCUGCUUUAGAUCAAGUAGCUUCUGCUCUUAAUAUUCCAAUAUACGAGGUUCCUACAGGCUGGAAAUUUUUCGGAAAUUUGAUGGACAGUGGCAAACUAUCUCUAUGUGGAGAAGAGAGUUUUGGUACUGGUUCUGAUCACAUACGUGAAAAAGAUGGAAUCUGGGCAUUUUUGGCAUGGUUAAGCAUUUUAGCAACUGAUAAAACAAAAUCUGUACAGACCAUUUUAGAAAAUCAUUGGCAGACAUAUGGAAGAAAUUAUUUUACUAGAUAUGAUUAUGAAAGUAUUGAUUGUGCAAGUGCUAACCUAGUGAUUAAUAACUUGCGUAAACUGAUUGCAGAAGGUGAACUGAAAGAAGUUAAUGGGCAUGUUGUUCAAGUUGCUGAUGACUUCCGAUAUGUUGAUCCAAUAGAUAAAAGCAUCAGUGAAAAACAAGGUAUUCGCAUAAUUUUCGAAGAUGGUUCAAGAAUAAUUUAUCGUCUAAGUGGAACUGGAUCUGAAGGUGCUACAAUACGUAUUUAUAUUGAAAGUUUUGUAACAGAUAAAUCCAAAUUAACAGAGGAUCCACAGGUUAUUUUGAAGCCUUUAAUAGAGUCUGCUCUUCAAAUUUCAAACUUGUCUUCAAUUACAGGACGCACAACUCCAACUGUUAUAACAUAAGUUGUUUAUUUUUAAAAUGUCUUUUUUAGUUUUUGUUCAGAAUCUUUUAAAAUUUUUCUGAACAUACUGCAUUGUUGUUUUUGAAUUUGAACUUUUUUAUUUUUUCUUUCUUUCUUUCUUUUUAUACAGCUUUAAUGAAAUUGUUUAUAAUAAAUAAUUGCAUACUAAAAUUAUUAUAUAAUAAAUAAAAUAUUGUUGUAUUAUGAAAAAAAAAUUAUAUAAAAAAUAUUAAAAAACCCUCUAAUAAACAAUAUAGUGUUUAUUAAAGUUGAGUUUUUUUAUCGUAUUUGUUUGCCAAUUCAAUUUUUUUUGUCAUAAAUUGUUCUUUAUUUAUUUUAUUUUUUUACAUCAAGCUAAUAGUAAAAAUCUUUGUAUUAAAUUUAUUUUUAAAUAAAAAUUAAUGAAAAUUAUUUUUGUUUGAAAAAUUAUAUAGAGUAAUUAUAUUGUUUAA